GCAAGUUGGAGCUAAACACUCCAGGGCCGAGUUUGGACUGGCUUCCUACGGUGAACGGGACUUUUAUUAUGGCUUUAAUAUGAUGCCGCAAGUCUGCGCCGUGUUUCUGCAUCUGUUGCGGCUUUUACAGUCUGGCUUUGACUCGGCUGGAGAAAGGAAAGUGUCCAAACACAGAGGACAACACCUGCUGAAGCGAAUGAUCUCCAUGUGACGCACUAUUAUAAGGAUGGAGUUCAUUAAAGAGGAGAGUGAAGAUGUGAAGAUUGAAGAAAUGAUAGUCAAACGAGAAGACUCUGAGGAACAAACAGACCUGAAGCCAUUUGUGUGUGAAAAGAGUUUCUCAAGCAGAGAAUCCUUGAAUACUCACCUAAAUAGUCACAGUGGAGAGAAACAUCACUCCUGCAAACUGUGUGGGAAAUCUUUUCCCUUAAAACAAUCUCUUGAUUCUCACUUGAGUUUUCAUGCUGGAUUGUUGCCGUUCAUAUGUUAUGAGUGUGAAAAAGGUUUCAAACUUAAAGGCACCUUUAAAAAGCACAUGCUAACGCACUUUAUAGAUGGCUUUUUUACAUGCCAGCUGUGUGGAAGGAAAUUCAAUACCUGGGGAUACUUUGAGCGGCACAGGAGAGUUCACACCGGAGAAAAACCUUUCAGCUGCCAACAGUGUCCAAAGACGUUUGCUCGAAAAGAACAACUCAAGCUCCACAUGAGAGUUCACACUGGAGAGAAACCGUUCACGUGCCAACAGUGUGGAAAACGUUUUGCUCAAACAGGACAACUCAAAAUCCACUCGACAGUUCACACCGGAGAGAAGCCUUUCAUCUGCCAAGAGUGCGGAAGGGGGUUUUCUCAAGCUCAGAACCUUAAGAUCCACAUGAGAGUUCACACCGGAGAGAAGCUUUUCAUCUGCCAAGAGUGCGGGAAGAGUUUCAGGCAACUAGGGGGCCUUUCAGUCCACAUGAGAAUUCACACCGGAGAAAAACCGUACACCUGCCAACAGUGUGGAUGGAGCUUCAGGGUAAAAACGAACCUUACAGCGCACAUGAUCGUUCACACUGGAGAAAAGAAUUUCACCUGCCACGUGUGUGGUGCGAGUUUCAGAGCUAAAAAAACACUUUCUUCCCAUUUGAGAAUUCAUGAGUCAUCAGAGCGAGAAGAAUUCACAUGUCAACCUGAAUGUUUGAAUGACAAAACCGUAAACGUUGAAUAAAAUGGUGAAAUUCACAUUUUGAA